UUGACACGCCAUUUCGAGCUACACACAAAAUUAUUUUCGCGUUAUUACGCCAACAAUGCCGAAAUUAAAAGUUUUCCAUUAAAAAAUUUUAAUCGGAAAUUUGCCGAAAUUUAAUGAAAAGGGGGUGGCUAUUAUUUGUCUUUUCCGUUUUCAGCUGGUCCCGGAAAAUGGCUACGGAGGAAAACGGGAACAUCGGAGGAGCGAUAUUAAAGCCGACCUCGAGCAGUAACGAAGAUUUGAGCGAGUACACGGACGCGGACGAGAGCAUUUCAGCGCCGACGGAAUUCCUCGCUGAGUUCCUCUCAGCGGUGAUGUUAAAGGACUACGUAACGGCACUGAAAUACUGUAAACUUAUUCUUCAGUACGAACCCAACAACGCCACAGCCAAGGAGUUUUAUCCACUCAUUCUGGAGAAACUGAAACAAAAUUUGCUUUCAUCAAAUUCAAAUCCCGAGGAAGGCAGCAGUAACGACAGUGAAGAUGAAGAUUGCGAAGAAAAUACUUCGAGUUCAGAAUCAGCCAGUAGUUCUAGCGAUGAUAGCAGCGAACCACAAGAUGAAGCAGAAGAGGAAGGAAUAGAACAGGGUGUUGGAGAUAAGCAAUCAAAAGGUUCAUCAGAGGGCGACGCAACUACCGGAAGUUACUCGAGCUUAGAGGAUGACGAGGCCGAAACCAAUCAGUUGAGGGCUUUAGCUGCCAAAUAUCAAAAUGACAACGUUAAUCUGGGAAAUGGAAAUAAAAUUUGUACAACUCACCUUAAUUCGGCGUUCCUCCACCAAAAAAGCGCAGCCAUCAACAAAACUCUUCCGGACAACCAACAAGCCCAUAGUCUCCAGCCUCAGCAAUCCUAUUUUAUGACAAGUUCGGAUUCGGAAUCGCCCACCGAACCCUGUCAAACCGUGGCCAUGUUGAGGGCUCGCGUGGUGCCAAACAACGUUUAAAAUGGGUACGGAAUGGUUGAGAAAAAAAUAUAUUGUGUGUUUAAGAAGAGGAGAGAUUUAUUUUCGUAAUAAAUAAAAUGCGCUCAUCAGUUUUCGAUUCAAUA